AUGUCGUCAGCUUUGGUUCAGGUUUGGUGGGGUCAGGGUUUUGGGGGUUUCGGGGGAGGUGGAGGUGCGGUCGCCUGGUUUAGGCCCCUCCUCCUGAUGUCCAAACUUGGAGUCUUUCCGCAUUCCUCCAGCUGUGGGGGGCGGAGCUAUGACGCCACCUUUUUUUCAAGUUUCCAGUCAAAAGAACAAGUAUUGCUGGAUAUGAGGGCUUCGGGAGGUGAGCUGGGAUGGCUGACGUUGCCACUCGAGAACGGAUGGGAAAUAGUCCAAACAGUUGUCAAUGGGUCACUACUUUAUACCUACAGCGUUUGCAAUAUAGAGUCAACUGAACAAGACAAUUGGUUGCGCACCACUUUCAUCCAGAGGCGACCCGGGACGACUCGCGUGUCCGUCGAACUCCGAUUCGUGGUGCGAGACUGCAAUACCUUCGGAGGCGCGUCGGUCUCCUGCAAAGAAACCUUCAAUCUAUUCAUUUCCGAAGCCGACGCAGACGUGGGCACGAACUUACGCAAGGGACAGUUCCGCAAAGUGGCCACAAUCGCUCCGGACGAGAUCACGAGGGGGAAAGUCCUCAAAGUCAACACCGAGACCAGAACCAUCGGCCCGCUGUCGAGUAAGGGCUUCUACCUCGCCUUCCAGGACAUGGGCGCAUGCGUGGCCCUGCUGUCAGUGAGGGUCUACUACAAAACCUGCCCCUCCACCGUGCGAAGCCUGGCCCAGUUCCCAGAGACCGUGGCGGACUCGCUGAGGGAGGUGGAGGGCUCGUGUGUGGAGAAGGCAGUCAGCACAGCCACGCCGAAGAUCUACUGCACCACGGAGGGAGAGUGGGUGGUUCCAGUGGGACAGUGCCAGUGCUUACCGGGCUACGAGACGACAGGGGACUCCUGCCAAGCUUGCAAACCGGGCUACUUCAAACCCGCUCUGGGGAACGACCUGUGCCGAGUGUGUCCGGACAACACCAGGCCCUCUGACACUGGUGCGACUCAGUGUGAAUGUGAAGAUGGAUAUUUCCGCUCAGCGUCCGACUCCCCCACUGCCGCCUGCUCUGCUCCUCCCAGUGCCCCCCGCGACCUCAUCUCCACCACGCUGUCCGCUGAGGGCAAACUGCAGCUGUCCUGGGACCCCCCUCUGGUGACAGGGGGCCGGGCAGACCUCACCUACAGCGUGGGGUGCGAGCUCUGCGAUGUCAGCUCCUGCGCCGCCUGCAGCGACAAGAUCCGGUUCGACCCCUCCCCCUCGGAGCUCCGUGACACGGUGGUGAUAGUGGCCGACUUGGAUUCUCACCUGAACUACACGUUCAGCGUAGAGGCACACAGCGGAGUGUCCCAGUUCAGCUCGCAGAGGCCCGUCGCCGCCAUCACAACAGCCUUGGAUUAUUUAGAGCCUCCUAAAGUAACGCUGAUCCACCUGGACGAGCGCACCCCCUCCAGCCUGUCUUUGUCCUGGGCCCUGUCCCGGAGACCACCAGCCCACAUCACCCACCGCUACGAGCUCAUGUACAGACGGAAGGAUGACGAAGGAGAGCGGGAUGUGACCACUUACACCGUCCUGAUUUUGGAGAAGAAUUCAGUGCAGAUUAACGACCUCUCCCCAGACACCACUUACAUGUUCAGGGUCCAAGCUUUGAGUCCAGAGGGAAAUCCAGGCAGUUACAGCGUGGAGCACGAGUUUCACACCGCACCACUAGCCGAGUCCCAGAUCCAGAACAACUCUACAAUCGUGAUGGGUGCAGUGGUGGGAGUGGCCGUCAUGCUGCUCAUUGUGGUGGGCGUCCUGCUUUUGCGCAAACGCAGACUGAGCUCACGCGGCAGAGGAGGCCCAGAGGAUCCCUACUUCUCAUCAGACCAACUGAAGCCUUUGAAAACAUAUGUCGACCCGCAUAUGUACGAAGACCCCAACAUUGCCAUCCAGAAGUUUGUCACAGAAAUCGACCCCAACUUCAUCUCCAAGCAGAAGGUGAUCGGGGUGGGGGAGUUCGGGGAGGUGUUCCGAGGCGCGAUGAGGUCCCCACUGCGCGGAGAGGUGGCGGUGGCAAUCAAAACUCUGAAACCAGGCUACUCGGAGAAGCAAAGGCAGGAGUUUCUGAGCGAAGCCAGCAUCAUGGGGCAGUUCUCUCAUCCCAAUAUAAUCAGACUGGAAGGAGUGGUCACAAAAUUCAAGCAUGUCAUGAUAGUGGCGGAGUACAUGGAAAAUGGUGCAUUGGACACAUAUCUAAGGGACCGGGACGGGGAGCUGCCGUGCUAUCAGCUGGUGGGGAUGCUUCGAGGAAUUUCAGCAGGCAUGAAGUAUCUCUCCGACAUGAACUACGUGCACAGAGACCUGGCGGCCAGAAACGUGUUGGUCAACAGUAACCUGGAGUGCAAAGUGUCCGACUUCGGGCUGUCGCGAGUGCUGGAGGACGACGCCGAGGGCACCUACACAACCAGGGGAGGCAAAAUACCCAUUCGCUGGACGGCCCCCGAGGCCAUCGAAUACAGGAAGUUCACCUCAGCCAGCGACGUGUGGAGCUUUGGCAUCGUCAUGUGGGAAGUGAUGGCUUUUGGGGAACGCCCCUACUGGGACAUGAGCAACCAUGAGGUGAUGAAGGCCAUAAACGAGGCUUUCCGGCUCCCUGCUCCCAUGGACUGUCCCUCUGCCGUCUACCAGCUGAUGCUCCAGUGCUGGCAACACGACCGCGCUCACAGGCCACGCUUCACCGACAUCGUCAACAUUUUGGACAAGCUGCUGCGCAACCCGGAGUCCCUCAAAACCAUCGCAGACUUUGAUCCCCGAAUAUCCAUCCGCCUGCCCAGCACCAGCGGCGGUGACGGCACCAUGUUCAAGUCUGUGUCGGAAUGGUUGGACUCCAUCAAAAUGAGGCAGUAUUCGGAGAGUUUCGCUCGUGCGGGGGUCACCAGCAUGGACCAAGUUCUGGGCCUGAGGCAUGAAGACAUCAGAAAUAUCGGCGUGCGGCUGCCGGGCCACAUGAAGAGGAUAGCCUACAGCAUCUUGGGCCUGAAAGACGAGACCAGCUCCCUCAGCGUGUUUGCCGUGUGA